AUGUCUUUAUUGAAAUCUGCGAUUUUGCUCAUGGGCUCGGCUGCGCUGGUCGCAGGCCACGGCUACGUGAGCAGCAUUGAGGUUGACGGUACAACCUAUGGUGGUUAUCUCGUCGAUACCUACUACUUUGAGAGUGACCCACCAGAGCUCAUUGCUUGGUCCACCAACGCCACUGACGAUGGCUACGUUGCUCCUACAGACUAUGAUAGUGUGAACAUCAUUUGUCACAAAGGCUCUGCACCAGGUGCAUUGGCUGCGCCUGUGACUCUUGGUGGUACAGUCAAGCUGACCUGGAAUACCUGGCCGUCCGAUCACCAUGGCCCAGUCAUCACUUACCUUGCCAACUGCAACGGUUCCUGCGCCGACGUGGACAAGACUGCACUGGAGUUUUUCAAGAUUGAUGCAGGUGGCAUGAUCAAUGAUACUGUGAUCCCUGGUUCCUGGGCUUCUGAUGACCUGAUCGCCGACGACUACUCCCGCACCAUCACGAUCCCGACCGAUAUCGAGGCUGGCAACUAUGUACUCCGCCAUGAGAUUAUCGCUCUUCACGGCGCCGAGGAUCUAAACGGAGCACAGAACUACCCCCAGUGCAUCAACCUGAAUGUGACUGGUGACGGAACGGCCACUCCUAGCGCUGAACCUGCCACUAGUUUCUACAAGGAUACAGACCCUGGUAUCUACAUUGAUAUCUGGCAGACUAUCAGCACCUAUACUAUCCCCGGUCCCACUCUAUACACUACUGGCAGUACUGCCACCGCUGCCGCUGCUGUUUCCUCCACCACUACUACUGCAGUUGAGGCGACCCAGACAUCUUCAUCUGAUACCUCAAGCGAGACUCCGGCUACUUCAGCCCAAAGCUCUGCUGUCCAGCCCACUGCAACGGCCAGUUCAUCUUCGAACAGUGGCACAAGCAGCACCGGCAGCAGCAGUGGUAACUCAUGCUCAGGCGAAUCAGGCAACAGCGAUUCCUCUUCAUCUGACGAGACUCCCUCCUCUACUACUACUGUCGCAGCUACCACAAGCACCGCAUCCAGCUCCUCCGCUAUUACUUCUGGUGUCCUGAGUGGAUCUUGCACUGAAGAGGACUAUUGGUACUGCAAUGACGGCACUGCAUUCCAGCGCUGCGUGAACGGCGAAUGGGAUUCGUCCCAGAGCAUGGCUGAUGGAACUGAGUGCACUGCUGGAAUUUCCGAGACCUUGUCCAUUUCUGCGUCUAGCAAAAAGCGGGCCUACACUAGUGACAUGCAUCGUCGUCUUGCACGACGCCGUCACGAGUAA